AUGCCCGAUCAUUCCGACUGCCAGUAUCCCCAAGAGAGACCGUUCAUGUCAACACUCGCCUUGUUAAGGAGCCGGGUACAGCAAGGGUGUCAGAACUGUAGACUGAUCUGGCAGGGCAUUGAAGAAUUCGCUGAUGACAAAGUCCGCGAGGAUGGAAAACUGUGCGAUGACAAUGCGGAAGUCUGGGUCCGCCAGAAGGUAGUUAAUGUCACAUGGACUCAGGUCGACUCGUCACCGUUGCGCCUGGAGUUUUUCACCGACUCCAACGAAGGUGUGUUCCCCGCCUGGUGCGACCUACAACCGUUACCAAUAGUAUCAGAACCUGCUUCAAAAGCAUGCUUCGAUACCAUAAGACGGUGGAUUGAUGAGUGCUCUACAGAACACGCUCGUUGCCACUCUGAUGCUUCCGGUCCACUUCCCCAUCGUGUCAUUGACGUCCGGGGCGUCUCCGGUACUAGUGAUGUCUUUCUUUAUGAGAGUCAUCAUGAAGCAGCUAGAUAUAUUGCUUUGAGCCACUGCUGGGGCCGGCAGCCGCCUUUAACAACAACGAAGGCCACUUUGUUGGAGAGAAAAUUUGCUAUUCGAUGGACAACUUUACCCCAAACUUUCCAGGACGCUAUUUCCAUUACUCGAGAAUUAGGUGUACAGUAUCUAUGGAUUGAUUCUUUGUGCAUCCUUCAAGAUGAUGAAGGUGAUUGGGUAACCGAGUCCGCGCAGAUGGAUCAGGUUUACAAGAAUUCGUGGAUUACGAUUUCGGCGGCCGGAGGAGCCCACGCAAACCACGGCUGUUUUCGAAGAGUGUCUAGGAGAGAAAUCCUAGUGUUGAAAGUCCGCAACCAAAAAAAUGACGUCCUGUCUUCUAUUUUGAUUCGAAAGCAAAUUCUGGUCGAUGCAAUGUACGGGACUACCGGCACGGACUUUGUUCCCACCGUUUCAAUAUUUACACGGGCGUGGACCUUUCAAGAGCGUCUGCUUUCAAGGAGAGUGCUUCAUUUUAUGCCGGACAAGAUGUUCUGGGAGUGCUAUUCUCAAGAGCUCUGCGAGUGUGGACAUGCAGCCGCUCGGUUUAAUUCAUAUUUAGGGAUGCCACCCGACCUCGUCAAAUUUUUGAAGCGAGACCACAUCCGCGCUGUUGCAAAUGAUCCUGAACUGGACUUCACGGAUAUCAUGGCCCAAUGGUACACACUUGUGUCUCAGUAUGUGCAGCGAACGCUGACAUUUGAGACCGAUAAACUGCCAGCUUUUUCCGGGGUAGCAAAACAAUUUCAAGAAAAGAACAAACUAGGUACUUAUUUGGCUGGUCUCUGGUCUGUAGACCUUCUCAAGGCGCUCCUCUGGUAUCGUUCGGUUAAGGGGACGUGGAAAUACUUACCCCAUCUGUCUGAAUCCCUUGUUCCAUCAUGGUCGUGGGCCUCAAUCAGCGGAGCUUGGGAGCAUGAUCAGAUAAUGGGCGACCUCGCGACAGAGACUGCUCAGGUCAUUGAUUUCAGCUGUACACUGGCCAGCGAAGACCCAACGGGUGCCGUAUUGGGCGGGUACAUCAUAUUGAGCGGCUAUUUAGCCUCAGCGUUGCUUAGAUUUCGAGAAGGAGAUCCUAGCAUCGGUGCCAGGGAGAGAUUUCUUGUUCAAGAUGCACUAAUCGUACAGGGCGACUCUGUGCGUCCCUUCGACGCAGACUACCUUUUAGAGGAAACUUCGCCCUCCUUGGCUUCUGGACAAGCCGUAUAUUUGCUUCAGAUCGCGGUCGAGAACAAUCAGGAUGGUGUAGGACCAAAUUAUUUUGCACUCGUCCUUAACAGGAUACCGAAUUCACCGAUGGUGUAUCAGAGGAUUGGCCUAUGUUCUAUUCCUGAUAUAUGGUUCGGCGAAGCUCUCAGAAAUGAGAUCACAAUUGUAUGA